AUGACCAGUUCUACUGAAGGUAAAGGUUUAGUCCUUGAAAAUACAGGACGUAGAGAUGCUUUGAUUGCUAUUGAAAAGAAGUAUCAGAAAAUAUGGGCUGAAGAGCACCAAUUUGAAAUCGAUGCUCCAUCUAUUGAUGAUGAGCCAAUUACAAUGGAUUCUGAAGAAUUACAUGCAAAAUAUCCAAAGUUCAUGUCAUCCAUGGCUUAUCCUUAUAUGAAUGGUGUCUUGCAUGCAGGUCACUGUUUCACUUUAUCCAAAGUUGAAUUCUCUGUUGGUUUCGAAAGAAUGAAUGGUAAGAGAGCUUUGUUCCCAUUGGGUUUCCAUUGUACUGGUAUGCCAAUUUUAGCUUGUGCUGAUAAAUUGAAAAGAGAAGCUGAGUUAUUUGGUGAAGAUUAUUCUAAUGUUCCUGCUGAAGAGGCUGAAGAAGCAAAGGAGGAAGUCAAACAAGAAUCUGAAGAUGUCACUAAGUUUAAGGCUAAAAAAUCAAAGGCCCAAGCUAAGAAAGGUCGUGGUAAAUAUCAAUUUGAAAUUAUGUUACAAUUAGGUAUUCAAAGAGAGGAUAUUAUUAAAUUCGCUGAUGCUCAAUAUUGGUUGACAUACUUCCCUCCUCUAUGUCAAAAGGAUUGUUCUGCUUUAGGUAGCCGUAUUGAUUGGAGACGUUCUUUGAUCACUACCGAUGCUAACCCAUACUACGAUGCUUUCAUUAGAUGGCAAAUGAAUAAAUUAAAGGCUGCAGGUAAGAUUAAGUUUGGUGAACGUUACACUAUUUACUCAGAAAAGGAUGGUCAAGCUUGUAUGGAUCAUGAUAGACAAUCUGGUGAAGGUGUCACUCCACAAGAAUAUGUCGGUAUUAAAAUUGAUGUUCUAGAAUUCGCCCCGGAAGCUCAAAAAAUUGUCGAUGCCACUGAGGGAUUGGAUAAAUCAAAGAAGGUUCAUUUCAUUGCCGCUACUCUAAGACCAGAAACCAUGUACGGUCAAACAUGUUGUUUUGUUUCUCCAAAGAUCACUUAUGGUAUUUUCGACGCUGGUGACUCUUAUUAUAUCACUACUGAACGUGCUUUCAAGAAUAUGUCUUACCAAAAGAUUACUCCAACGAGAGGUUACUAUAAACCAAUUGCCAAUUUAGAAGGUAAGACCUUAAUUGGUACUAAGAUUCAUGCACCAAACUCCAUUCAUCCAGAAUUGAGAAUCUUACCAAUGGAAACUGUUAUUGCUAACAAGGGUACUGGUGUUGUUACUUGUGUUCCUUCUAACUCUCCAGAUGAUUACAUGACUUUAAGAGACUUGCAAAACAAACCAGAAUACUAUGGUAUUGAUCCUGAAUGGGUCAAUUAUGACAUUUUACCAAUUAUCCGUACUGAAAAAUACGGUGAUUUAAUUGCCAAAGCCAUCUGUGAAGAAAAGAAGAUUCAAUCUCCAAAAGACACAAAUGCCUUAGCUGAAGCUAAAAAAUUGGCUUAUAAAGAAGAUUACUACACCGGUGUUAUGAUCUACGGUAAAUACACUGGUGAAAAGGUUGAAGUCGCUAAAAACAAGGUGAAAGCUGAUAUGAUUGCUGAAGGUACAGCCUUUGUUUACAAUGAACCAGAAUCUCAAGUUAUUUCUCGUUCUGGUGAUGAAUGUAUCGUUUCAUUGGAAGAUCAAUGGUAUUUGGAUUAUGGUGAAGAAUCUUGGAAAUUGCAAGCAGUUGAAUGUUUGGAAAGCAUGCAAUGUUUUGCUCCAGAAGUUAAGAACGCUUUUGAAGGUGUUUUAGACUGGUUAAAGAACUGGGCCGUUUGUCGUACUUAUGGUUUAGGUACUAAGUUGCCUUGGGAUCCAAAGUAUUUAGUUGAAUCCUUAUCUGAUUCUACUAUUUACCAAUGUUUCUAUACCAUUUCCCAUUUAUUAUUCAAGGACUAUUAUGGCCAAGAAGUCGGUCCAUUGAAUAUUAAAGCAGAACAAAUGACUGAUGAAGUCUUUGACUACAUCUUCCAACAUGUAGAUGAAAUCAAAACUGAUAUUCCAUUAACUGCUUUGCAUAAAUUAAGAAGAGAAUUUGAGUACUUCUAUCCAUUAGAUGUUUCUAUCUCCGGUAAAGAUUUGAUUCCAAACCAUUUAACUUUCUUUAUUUACACUCAUGUUGCAUUAUUCCCAAAGAAAUUCUGGCCAAAGGGUAUUAGAGCCAAUGGUCAUUUGAUGUUAAACAACGCCAAGAUGUCUAAAUCUACUGGUAACUUUAUGACCUUACAACAAUUAGUCGAAAAAUUUGGUGCUGAUGCUUCUCGUAUUGCUUUAGCCGAUGCUGGUGAUUCUGUUGAAGAUGCCAAUUUUGAUGAAUCUAAUGCUAAUGCAGCAAUUUUGAGACUGUUCAAUUUGAAGGAAUGGGCUGAAGAAGUUGUCAAUGAUAUCUCCAAUUUAAGAACUGGUCCAAUUACUGGCUUCUUUGAUUUGGCAUUUGAACAUGAAAUGAACUCAAAUAUCGAAAAGACAUACGAACAAUAUCAAUUGACUAACUACAAAAAUGCUUUGAAAUAUGGUUUGUUUGAUUUCCAAGCCGCCAGAGAUUAUUAUCGUGAAUCAAGUGAAACCAUGCAUAAGGAUUUAGUUUUGCGUUAUAUUGAAACACAAGUUUUAAUGUUGGCUCCAAUUGCCCCUCACUUUGCUGAAUACAUUUAUCGUGAAGUCCUGAAGAAGGAAGGUUCAGUCCAAAAUACUAAGUUCCCUCGUGCUUCUAAGCCAAUUGACAAUGGUGUAUUAUCUGCUUUGGAAUACGUUAGAAACUUACAAAGAAGUAUCAGAGAAGCUGAAGGUCAAGGUUUGAAAAAGAAGAAGGGUAAAGACGCUGAAUUAGACUCUAGUAAGCCAGUUAGAUUGACCUUACUAGUUUCUGAAAACUUCCCAGAAUGGCAAUCUGCUUGUAUUGAAGUCAUUCGUGAAUUGUUAGAAGCUCAAUGUUUGGAUGAUAACAAGAAAGUUAGAGAAAAGGUCAAUCCAAAGGAUAUGAAGCGUGCUAUGCCAUUUAUUUCUUUGGUCAAGCAACGUUUAAUUUCUGAAUCUGCUGAUGAGGUUCUAAAUAGAGAAUUAUUAUUUGAUGAGAUUGAAACUAUCAAGGUCACAAAAUCUAAUAUUAUUAAUGCAUCCCAAGCCUUCAAGAUCGAAGAACUUCGUGUUUUGUCUUACCCUCAAGGUUCCAAGACAGGUAAGAACAUUUUCACUAAUGAAGAAGAAGAAUUGCCUAAUGCUGCUAAGAUUGUUGAAAAUGCUGUACCAGGUUCACCAGGUGUUUUAUUACAAAACAUCUAG